AUGCUACCAACCACAGAAAAUAGUGUUAUUACCCCAGAAUACUUUUGGUAUAAUAAACAGAAAAAAAAAAAAAAUAUACUAAAUAUGUGUCUAAACCAUUACAGUAUCCCUAACAAACUAAUUAUGGUGGUAAUUGUUGUGGUUAACCUGGAACAGAUUAAGCUGCUUCAUCCAUUAAAGAGGAGCCAUCAUCCAUUAAAGAAUAGCCAUCAUCUAUUAAAGAAGAACCUUCGUCCAUUAAAUAAGGGCCAUCAUCCAUUUGAAAAGAACCAUCAUCCAUUAAAGAAGAGCCAUCAUCCAUUAAAAAAGAGCAAUCAUCCAUUAAAGAAGAGCCAUCAUCCAUUAAAUAAGAGCCAUCAUCCAUUAAAGAAGAGCAAUCAUCCAUUAAAGAAGAGCCAUCAUCCAUUAAAUAAGAGCUAUCAUCAAUUAAAGAAGAGUCAUUAUCCAUUAAAGAAGAACCAUCAUCCAUUAAAUAAGAGCCAUCAUCCAUUAAAGAAGAACCAUCAUCCAUUAAAGAAGAACCAUCAUCCAUUAAAGAAGAACCAUCAUCAAUUAAAGAAGAGCAAUCAUCCAUUAAAGAAGAGUCAUCAUCUAUUAAAUAAGAGCCAUCAUCUAUUAAAGAAGAGCCAUCAUCCAUUAAAUAAGAACCAUCAUCCAUUAAAUAAGAGCCAUCAUCCAUUAAAGAAGAGACAUCAUCCAUUAAAGAAGAGACAUCAUCCAUUAAAUAAGAGCAAUCAUCCAUUAAAUGAGAGCAAUCAUCCAUUAAAUGAGAGUCAUUAUCCAUUAAAGAAGAACCAUCAUCCAUUAAAGAAGAGCCAUCAUCUAUUAAAGAAGAGCCAUCAUCUAUUAAAGAAGGAUCAUCAUCCAUUAAAAAAGAGCCAUCAUCCAUUAAAGAAGAGCAAUCAUCCAUUAAAGAAGAGUCAUCAUCUAUUAAAUAAGAGCCAUCAUCUAUUAAAUAAGAGCCAUCAUCCAUUAAAUAAGAGCCAUCAUCCAUUAAAGAAGAACCAUCAUCCAUUAAAGAAGAGUCAUCAUCCAUUAAAGAAGAGCCAUCAUCCAUUAAAGAAGAGCAAGCAUCCAUUAAAGAAGAGCCAUCAUCCAUUAAAGAAGAGCCAUCAUCAAUUAAACAAGAGCCAUCAUCAAUUAAAGAAGAACCAUCAUCCAUUAAAUAAGAGCCAUCAUCCAUUAAAGAAGAGUCAUCAUCUAUUAAAUAAGAGCCAUCAUCCAUUAAAUAAGAGCCAUCAUCCAUUAAAGAAGAGCCAUCAUCCAUUAAAGAAGAGCAAGCAUCCAUUAAAGAAGAGCCAUCAUCCAUUAAAGAAGAGCCAUCAUCAAUUAAAGAAGAGCCAUCAUCAAUUAAAGAAGAACCAUCAUCCAUUAAAGAAGAGCCAUCAUCAAUUAAAGAAGAACCAUCAUCCAUUAAAUAAGAGCCAUCAUCCAUUAAAGAAGAGCCAUCAUCUAUUAAAGAAGAGCAAUCAUCCAUUAAAGAAGAGUCAUCAUCUAUUAAAUAAGAGCCAUCAUCUAUUAAAGAAGAGCCAUCAUCCAUUAAAUAAGAACCAUCAUCAAUUAAAGAAGAGCAAUCAUCCAUUAAAGAAGAGCAAUCAUCCAUUAAAGAAGAGCCAUCAUCCAUUAAAGAAGAGUCAUCGUCCAUUAAAGAAGAGCCAUCAUCCAUUAAAGAAGAGCAAUCAUCCAUUAAAGAAGAGUCAUCAUCUAUUAAAUAAGAGCCAUCAUCCAUUUAAAAAGAACCAUCAUCCAUUUAAAAUGAGCCAUUAUCCAUUAAAGAAGAGCUAUCAUUCAUUAAAAGCUACAUGCAUUUAAAAAAAGAGUCAUCAUCUAUUAAAGGGGAGCCAUCAUCCAUUAAAGAAGACCCAUCAUGUAUAAAAAAAGACCUAUCGUCUAUUAAAAAAGACCCAUCAUCUAUGAAAAAAGACCCAUCGUCUAUUAAGGAAGACCCAUCAUCUAUUAAAGAAGAGCCAUCAGCAUCAGUAUAUUCUGUGGACGUUCAUCUGUCUGUGAGCCAAAAUGAUAGCUGCUAUGGGCUAACUACUAUAGUCAUUCAUAAUUUUCAAUACUCUGAAGAUGAGAGCGUUCGAGGAAUCAAAACGUUUAUCACAUUGGCUCAUUGAAAAAUUUGUUUAACUAACAACGGAAAUUAAUUACAACUACUGUAUCCAACGUACCAAAGUCUUCAUAGAUUCUAAAAAUGACAUGAUUAAAAAUUUUGGUUAAAAACACUAGAUAUAAAUUAAGUUUAAUGGCGAUUGUUGCCUUCCAGUUGAUGGUAACGAAACUAUCCCAGUUGUAUACCUGAUGAUGGACGACUUCAGUGAUGAUCAAGAAAAAGAAAUAUCGUUUGAACAGCUUGCACAAAAUUGUGGAAGAUAUGCAAAAAACAGAUCAGAAUCUAUUAAAGAUUUGCGUUGAAGUUGCAAAGGCUUGCGAUACUUGGGGUAUAUGGAGAAGAAGUCAGACUAGACAUGUCAUCUGAUUAGCACAUACAUUUGUUUAACUUUUCGCAUAGAUUUAAAAUCACGCUUGUGAUAAUGAAAUUAUAUUGUUGCAUGUUGUUGAUCACUUGACAAAAUUUAGUGCGUUUGAAGUCAUAUGAAGUAAAUGUUUUACCAUUCUGCUAUUAGUUUUAGGGAGAUAACAGUGGAGAUUUGAUUAUAAUGGAGAUAAUCAUGACUACUGUUUAGCAAGUUGAAGAGUUGAAACACGAAUUUUGUUGUAACAGCGUAAGAGAGUUAAGUGGAAAGUUUAGUAAUUAACUCUAAAUUGUUGAUACAGCUUCAGCAACUUUUUAGCGGUUAGAGCAUGGAACCUUCUUAAAACGUAACGUGCGGUUUGUUGGAAUAAACCCAACGAAAAGUAGAUCAAAUUUUCUAAGGGAGUUUAGCUUAACAAAUGGAUUAAGAAUUAAAGAGGAAAUCGAAUUUCGAAAUCACCAGAUUGACUAUGGAAUUGUUGACAAAAAGACCAACUGUUAAAAAUGGUAAUUGGCACCAAACUUUAAAGAGCUUUAAAAUCAUUGUUUAGCAUGCCAUGAACGUUUUUAAUCAAAUAUAAGCGUUCUCAACAACUCCCCCUCCUGCGUUGAUGAUGUAGUAGCUGCACGAAUUAUAGAUAGGAUCAAAGACGCCCCCAUGAAAAGUCAAGAAAUUGUUAACCUGUGCGGAUGACAUUCAGAGCUGCUAGAAGCAUAGAAGAGGCUAAAUUCUUUGUGUAUCAUGAUGCAUCGUUUGCAGAUUGAAAAUUGGAGCGUUUAAACUUGCAUUAUUGUAUGUACCAAACAGUAUAAUAUGUAUCAUAUGCGUUCAUUGUUCAUUGUUCAUAUUGUUUCACACCAGAAACCAUCUUUCGUAUGCACGAUGAAUAAAUUGAAGGUUUAAUUCGUACCUGAUAACAUCGUCUGGAAGUGCAGAAAUUCAGCGGUCAAUAUAGUAUACAUAUAUAUGAACUCUAGGAAACCAUUUGUCCUUCUAGAAACAUCAAUGAUAUUCCCCUGCAUAACUAAUGAGACAACACUUCAGUGCUGGAAUCACUGCUAUCCAUGUUGGUCCUGUGUCCUAAAUGAAUACAUUAGGUAUACACCAACAUUGCCUACUCAAUUUCCCUUACAUAGCAUGGGUUGACCCAUAGUUAUUGUAAAGGGACUUACUAAACAUGCCUGCGCUGUAAACCGAACCACGUAAACCGAACCACGAACCACUAGGUCACACGCUGUUAAGCAUGAUGCUUACAAAACUAAAUGUACUGUCACAUUGUCUUCAGGUAGGUGUUCUCAUGUCAUGUUGUGAAGAAGAACUUAGCUAGACAUAUUUUCCUGUUUCGGGACUUAUUCUUUGUCGUUUUAUACUGGGCAUUAAGAACCAGACGCAGAGUUACCUUAUUGAAGGCGAUUUUCCACUAGGCGGUCUAAAACGCGCUGAGCGUAAGCGGCUAUUGUUUUAAAACAAUAGCCGCUUAUAACUCCGCUUAAAAUGUUAAUUUUUGAUUUCCGCCUGUUAAAAGCAACAAAAAGAGCACGUAAACUUGAGCACGCAAACUUUUAGACGACAAAAAAUUGUAAACAUGAACGUUUCUACGUAGAAAAUUAUUGCUGUUUAAGAAAAUAAAUCUUCUUAAACUAUUUUUGUUGCUGAAUGAAAAAAACAAAACAAAAACAAACAAAGAAGUAUGCAAAACGGUUUUAGAUAAGACGGCUGUAUUAAGAAACUGAAAAAUUCAAUCUUCUCGUUCAAGAUAUGAAAUUGUAUGACAGUCAACUUUUUUUUCAACAACUAAACUUGAAACUCUUUUAUCUUGGGUUGCUCCCUUAAUUACGAAAAUCGAAACAAAGAUGAGAGAGGCGAUAAGUGCAAAUGAAAGGCCUUGUGUCACAAUGAGAUAUCUUGUCACAGGUGAUAUUUUUGAUGGCUCUCGCAAAAAGUUGUGUAUAUCACGUGGCCUUGAAGCUGCUUAAUUGGAUAGCGCUUUGAAAACGCGCGUAAAAGUCGAAGUAGAGUCGACUUUUGAAAUCGCGCUGAGCGGACCGCUUUUAGCGGGUUUGGGACUGAAAAAAUAAUAGCCGCCACGCUCAGCGCGUUCUGGAACGCUUGGUGGAAAUUCGGCUUAAAGGAGAGGCGAACUGCGCUGCGGCACGGCUGCUGAAUAAAAGUUUAUGAUAAGUGUUGAUUUUAAAGACCAGACUGAUUGACUUGCUCGCCUGCUCCAUAAACUAUAAGCAUAAGCCAUACAUCAUUUUGUUUACAUUUUUGUGUAAUAUAAUUUGCAAUUUGUAAUGUAAUAUAAUUUGCUGAAUUAUUUAUAAUUAAGUAUUUUUACGCAUUUGUCAAACGGAUGGAUAAAUUUAAAAAACAAUGGGAUAUAUUUCUCUUUGUUGUGAUGAUCACACGGUCAAUAUAUACAAAGUGAUUUAAUAAGAAAAAGUUGAAGAUCGAAAUGGCGAAAAUGUUAAACAACAUGUAAAGAACUUGGUGUUUACUAAAAAGUACAUUUAAAACCUACUUAUUUUCACCCCAUACUGCCAUGUUGUUAGAAAGAUAUAUAGGUAGUUAGUCGUGAAAUUUAGUUUUUUAUUUGGUUAUUAUAGUAGUUAUCUUAGCAGAUUUUAGGAUUUAGAAAUCUAUAUAUAUUUUUCUCUCGCCUAAAAUUUAUUUUCUGGC